ACUAUCCUCAUGUACAAAUCUUAUAAGUCACAAUUUUGACCAACAAUAACAACAACUACAAAAGAAGAGGAUAUUAAUAUUGUUACCAUAAUAAUGCAAAAAAACACUUCUCAUUUCAUUCUUAUGAUCAUUUUGUUUAUCACACCUCAUUAUCUAGCCUUCAACACCGGUGGCGGAGAUGGUGGAAGGGAGAUGACCACCUCGGAAACAUCUCCAUCCCCUAGUGGUGGUGAAAGUGGUGCAACACGUGGACCUAACUGGGAUUACAACUGGGGUUGGGGUUCUAGCCCUGGAGGAGGAUGGGGUUAUGGCUCCGGCUCAAGUAGGUCGCCUAAUGGGCUAGGUCGAGGCUGGGGGUUUGGUUUUGGGUCCAGUUCUAGCAAUGGAUAUGGUUAUGGUUCUGGUGGUGGUGAUAGUAGUGGCUAUGAUAGCGACCUCGCGCCAUCAAUUUCAAAGGAGAGAGAUAAUUGUGGGUAGUUAAAUAUAUUGGAUGUGUUCUACUUAUGACAUGUAAUAUAUAUAUUUGUUUACAUAAUAUUAAUCAAGUAUUGUGAACUUUAAUGUACGUGUUAUAAUAGGGUUGAUAUGUCUAGUAUACCGUGAGAAUAUAGUAAAUGACUAUAAAUGUAUAAUAAUGGAAUAUAUAUAUAUAUAUGAUAAAUAUAAAU